AUGUCAAAUCAAUCCAAUAAUAUCACUGCUAUAUCGACAUUAGUCGCUUUUGAACAAUAUAUGUCAAUAUAUGGACCAUUUGUAUUGACAUCUCUAGGAAUUAUUGGCAAUAUUCUUUCUAUAUUAAUAUUUUUAUCUCCUCGAUAUCGUCGACAAUCAUCACAUUUUUAUCUUCUAUCCCUUGCCAUAUCUGAUCUUUGUUUUCUUUUUAUAAAUCUAAUUGAAGAUACAUUUCGUAAUCAUAAUGAAUUAUAUCAAUCACGUAUAAAUAUUCUUGAUCAUAGUUCAUCUAUUAUUUGUAUUUUUGUUCAAUAUGCAAGAAAUACAACACGUUUAUUAUCGUCAUGGAUAGUUGUUUCAUUUACAAUUGAACGCCUUCUUGUUGUAUAUUAUCCAUUAAAACGAGGUAUUAUAUGUCGACGUAAAAUAGCACGUUUUGUUGUUUUUUCUCUAUUUAUUAUGAGUCUUUUAAUCAAUAUAAAUGUUCCAUUUCAUUAUGGAAUAAUUAAUUUACCAAGUAAUUUUGGAAUAGAAGAAACAAUCUGUGAUAUUUUACCAAAAUAUCGUUCAAUUUAUAUGAGAUUUGCUAUAAGUACAAUGAUUACAGUUUAUAUAUUACCUAUGUGUAUAAUUGGUUUAGUUAAUAUGCUUAUUUGUUCUAAACUUUGGAGAAAAAGUUUAUUAACAGAGAAAGAUGAAGAUCGUGAAGCAUUUGAAAAAAAGCAGAAAAUAAAAAAUUCUCGUCACUUAGAUAGUUUAUUUGAUACGUUCUCACGUUCACAUCUAUCAAAGUCUGCAUCAAAUGCUAUAACCCAUGUUAAUAGUAGUUGUUGGCCUGAUAAAGCCAGAAAUCAGAGAAAGUCUAAUUCAAUUUCAAAUUCAACAUUUAAAUAUACAGCACAUAUGAAACAAUCACCAACUUAUGUUAAAAAUUAUAUACAAUCUCGAGCGAAUCGUGUUACAGUAACACUUUUACUCGUAUCGUGUUCAUUUUUAUUAUUAAAUUCUCCAUAUUGUGCUGUAUGGGUCGCUAAUUAUGUUCAUGGAUUUCGUAAUGUAGCAUUAAAAUCGAUAAAAGAACUAACAGAAUUAUUUAUGUUAACUAACUUUUGUAUAAAUUUCUUAUUAUAUUGUGCCAGUGGAAAAAUAUUUCGUAGUGAACUUAUGUAUAUACUCCAAUGUCAAUGGAAAGAAUUAUAUAAUAAGAACGAUGGAGAACGUCGAGGAAGUCAUAAAUCUCAUCCAAAAUAUCAUCUACAGUUACAAGAAUCAACAAUAAAGCGUCGUCCAACAAAUGGUGUAACUAAAAAUCUAAAUUAUUAUCCAUUUAAAGAUUAA